GACAUUUCCUUACAGGUGACUAUGUGGAACCUUCCGUGUAAGAAGAAGUUAGGAACAGUAACGACGGGUCUUCUCAUCCUUGUCGGCAUCUUCAUUCUACUUAUUCACAACCUUGGGAUAGGACAACAUGGGACUACGACGCGUUCGUCUUCUGAAGACGAAAAUCUUCGCGUUGAGGAUGAAAUACAACAGGACUCGGAUAUAAUAAGAGCUGGCACAGAAAGUACUGAAGAUGCUACCAUUAGCGAUGCCGACAACAGCCAUGAUUUAAACGAGUACAUCGAGCACCGAGAUGCCGACAACAGCUAUGCUUCAAACAAGUACACCGAGGACCGUGAUGCCGAUGACAGCGCUGCUUCGAACAAGUACACCGAGCACAGUGUCUCAAAAGCGCCUGAGGGUGCCGAUGGCUUAAACGGGCAAUGCAAGAUGAAGAAAAGUAUUUUAUUUAUGAAGGUGCACAAGGCAGGCUCUCACACAACAGCCUGUAUUCUACAAAGGUUCGGCUACGAACACGGACUCAACUUCGUCCUACCAAAGAAGUGUCCGAGCGUGAACCUUGGAUUCCCGGGAGGCAUGACAGACGACAUACUGAUGCAUCAGGACGUGGAUGAGUACAACCUGCUGGUGCAUCACACAGUGUACGACAGAGUCAAGUUUCACAAGCUCAUGGCUCCGGACACUCAGUUCGUCACCAUCCUCAGGGAACCUCUCAGUCACCUCAAGUCGUGUUUCUUCUACUUCAGCAGGGACAAAAAGUUCGCCUUAGCGGGCGAGAAAAACCCACUGGGCAAAUAUCUGGAUAACCCCUGGCGGUAUGAGGGUUCGACAAGAGCGAAGAAGGCCAGGGCGUCCAUGACCAUGAACUUACAAUCUUUCGUCCUAGGGUGGAAGGAUCGCUUCAACAAAGACCCAGAUGACGUGAGGAAGUUUCUCUCCCAGCUCGACAGUGACUUCCCCCUGGUCCUCAUCCUGGAGUACUUCGACGCGUCGCUAGUCCUGCUGAAGCGCCUGAUGUGCUGGACGUUCUACAACAUCCUGUAUGACAUGCAGCCCAGGAAUGAACAAAAAUACACAAAGAAAGAGUCAGCCUACACCGAGCAACAACUCCUGAACCACCGGAACGCGAGCUUUGUCGACUAUCAACUGUACGAACAUUUGAACAAAAGUCUGUGGGCGAAGAUAGAGGCAGCAGGGCAGGACUUCCAAGACGAGCUAGAAGCCUUUCAACAGUUAAACGACGACGUCAACAGUUACUGCAAACGACAACCCACAGACAAGAAAAUCUUUCCGGGAUCAAAGUGGAAUGGACCGGUCGAAAUUAAACCUAGCUUCUGUCAGGAUUUGAAACUGGAACGCAUUCAGUGGGACGUCAAAAUCUGCCAACGCGCAGGCGGGUAUGGCAAGGGCAAAAUGCGCAGAAAACAAAAGAAGUUAGGAACAGUAACGACGGAAAGUACUGAAGAUGCUACCACUAGCGAUGACAACAACAGCGCUGCUUCGAACAAGUACAUCGAGCACCCUGUCUCAAAUGCGCCUGAGGGUGCCGAUGGCUUAAACGGGCAAUGCAAGAUGAAGAAAAGUAUCUUAUUUAUGAAGGUGCACAAGGCAGGCUCUCACACAACAGUCUGUAUUCUACAAAGGUUCGGCUACGAACACGGACUCAACUUCGUCCUACCAAAGAAGUGUCCGAGCGUGAACCUUGGAUUUCCGGGAGGCAUGACAGACGACAUACUGAUGCAUCAGGACGUGGAUGAGUACAACCUGCUGGUGCAUCACACCGUGUACGACAGAGUCAAGUUUCACAAGCUCAUGGCUCCGGACACUCAGUUCGUCACCAUCCUCAGGGAACCUCUCAGUCACCUCAAGUCGUGUUUCUUCUACUUCAGCAUGGACAAAAAGUUCGCCUUAGCGGGCGAGAAAAACCCACUGGGCAAAUAUCUGGAUAACCCCUGGCGGUAUGAGGGUUCGACAAGAGCGAAGAAGGCCAGGGCGUCCAUGACCAUGAACUUACAAUCUUUCGUCCUAGGGUGGAAGGAUCGCUUCAACAAAGACCCAGAUGACGUGAGGAUGUUUCUCUCCCAGCUCGACAGUGACUUCCCCCUGGUCCUCAUCCUGGAGUACUUCGACGCGUCGCUAGUCCUGCUGAAGCGCCUGAUGUGCUGGACGUUCUACAACAUCCUGUAUGACAGGCAGCCCAGGAAUGAACAAAAAUACACAAAGAAAGAGUCGGCCUACACCGAGCAACAACUCCUGAACCACCGGAACGCGAGCUUCGUCGACUAUCAACUGUACGAACAUUUCAACAAAAGUCUUUGGGCGAAGAUAGAGGCAGCAGGGCAGGACUUCCAAGACGAGCUAGAAGCCUUUCAACAGUUAAACGACGACGUCAACAGUUACUGCAAACGACAACCCACGGAGAAGAAAAUCUUUCCGGGCUCAAAGUGGAAUGGACCGGUCGAAAUCAAACCUAGCUUCUGUCAGGAUUUGAAACUGGAACGCAUUCAGUGGGAUGUCAAAAUCUGCCAACGCGCAGGCGCGUAUGGCAAGGGCAAAAUGCGCAAAAAACAAGCAAAGUUUCAAAAGAUGAAGGUGAAAAAGCAAAACGGAAAUCCUCCUCCGGCGACGAGAACGGACUUCGAUGAGAAGCUGCAGAAGUCAGAAAUUGAUCAGUUCCUGGCAGGUGUACAGAAGGCCUUCCCUGGCAUGGGGAUGAACGACAUACUGAAGAAAAGUGGCAUUUCUGCAUCUAAAGUCGUCCUGGCGAUUAGACAAGGUCGCUACACGGUAGAGGAAGCGGUGAAAAUGUUUAAGUCACGUAUCCAAAGUAAGAAAAAUUAGCGCAAAAUAUCUAUCAUUAGCUAAAUUCAGGUAAAUUCAUUAUCGGUGAAGGCUAUGCUUCGUUCUUUCUCCUCUUUCUGGAUUGUUAAGAAAACUUCUGUGAAUAAAUGGUUUCUAGUACAUGGUUCACUU